UCGCGGAGGCGCGUCUCCGCCAGCCCGGAGCUGAGUUGGCGACAGGACCAGGCGCUGGGCAGCACCAUGCGCAUCGUGCGGGAGCUGGGGCCCACCGCUUUCGUCCUGCAGGAGGAAGAGCAGAGGGCGGCGGAGCACAGGGUUUCCCUGGGGAACCCUCACUCAUGCAGCUGCUCAGUAUUUCUGAAAGAGAAGGACCUUUGUAAACAUAUCUGCUGGUUAUUAUUAAAAAAGUUCAAACUUCCAAGAGACCAUGAAUAUGCUUUACAGAUUGGUCUGUUGGAAAGAGAAAUUAACUAUCUGCUUCAGAGUCCACAACUUGCCCCCCAAGUAAAAAUAAUUGCCCAUUCUCUUAAGGAGUUCCAAACAGUUGAUAAUGGGUAUAUUAAACAAAAAAGUAUUGGUGAUGAGGAUAUAUGUCCUAUUUGCCAGGAUAUGCUGCUCAAAAAAAUGCUUCCUGUCACUUACUGCAGGUUUGGUUGUGGCAACAACGUACAUAUAGUGUGUAUGAAAAUCUGGAUUGAUCAUCAGCGAGAGUUAGAGAAAGAUUCUUUAGUGAAGUGCCCUCUGUGUAGGGAAAAUUUUGCACCACUGAAGCUUAUCUUGGAAGAAUUCAGAAACUGCAAAAGACUUGUGACUAUAGCAGAAAAACAGAGCCUUGACAAACACCUUGGAAUCCCUUGCAAUAAUUGCAGAGUACUACCCAUCGAGGGAAAUUGCUACAAGUGUACUGAAUGUAGCGAAUACCACCUAUGCCAUGGAUGCUUUAGAAGCUUUUGUCAUCCUUCACAUUCUUUUGCUUUCCGAGAGAAAAGGAAUCAGAGGUGGAAAUCAGUUGAACUAAAAGUUCAACUGUCAACAUCAGAAGAAAACCUGAAGAGCAUUAAUCCAGAAGAGAAAUUUAAAGAAGAAAAAAACAAGGAACAAUUCAGCCGCAUACCAGAGCAAGUAUUGAACUCAAUACCAAAUAUGGUGGUUAGGAAGUGCAGCCCCUUACUUGAUCCAGGUUUACAGUGUAGACUCUGUUUGAAGAUAUUCUGCCUUGGUCAAGUGGCAAGAGCCUUACCAUGUAAUCACAAGUUCCAUAGAAAAUGCAUUGACCGUUGGUUGCAGAAAGAAAACGCAUGCCCUAUUGAUGGCCAAGUUGUAUAUAAUCCAUUAACUUGGGAGACUGCACCAAGCAAAGACAAAGUAAAUCAAUUAGGGUCUCAAGCAAAGAGCCUUCUUGCAAAGCAGCCUGAGCUGGAGCUUUGUAUACCAGGUACUGGAUUGUCUGCCAAGCAAAUGAAGCCUCACCAUGUCAUGGAGGCAUCUCAAGGUGGUUUUCAAGGAGACUGUAACAAGAAGAAAAGUUCUGCAGAGACUGAGCAGAAUUUAACACUGAAUGGUUUCAGCUACCCUUGCACCAGAGAUUCUGGCCCUAGCUUGCUUAGCACUCAGAAACCAAGAAAUUUGAAAUUUUCUAGACAUAUAAAGGGUUUAGUCCUUGUUCCCAAAGCUCAUGCUGAUAAAUUUACCUAUAAAGUAGUUGGUACUGCUUCAAGAUUAUGCACAAAUGGAAAGGCAGAUUAAAAUUGCAAUGCUGUACCUUUUUUAAGUAGAUUCUAUUAUUUGGAUAUACAAAGGAUCCAGAUGCUUUAGCUAUUAUUUAAAUGUUAAGAAAUUUUAAAAACUUGUGAAAGUCAUUUUUACUUGGUUUGAUAUUCAGAAAAAUGUUUACAUAAAAUAGUAUGUUUAUCGGCAUUAAAAAAAAAACAAGUUUUUUGGCUCCAGUAAAUUCAAAUUCUUAAGUCUAAAUAUAUGAAGUACUUUUACUAAUGUGUAAAAUGAUGAGGGCACAACCAUUUGACAUUCAACUGCUUGCCCUGAUUCUGCUUCUUCAGUGCAUUCUUAACAUGAUUCAUGAACUGAGGAAUAAAUUGUAAUAAAUUGGGAAUAAAGAAGAAUUCUACUAUGGAUGAACAUCUGAAAAAGCUGCAGAAC